GGCAGGUCGCGCCACAUAAACGCAACCGAGGAAAUCCGUACCUCGUUUUCGCUCUGCAGCUUAUGCGAAAUUAUUGAACUUCAGUUCUACUGACUGCUAGCCCGAUCCUCGAAGAAAUGGAUGAUCCUGAACUAGAAGCCAUCAGGCAGAGAAGAAUGCAGGAACUCAUGGCCCAGCGUGGCGUGGGAAGCCAAAAUAAUCCUGAACAACAGAAGGCCCAGGAAGAAGCUAAGAGUGAAGCAGAGGAACGCAGACAAAUGAUGCUCAGUCAGAUUCUGUCAAUGCAAGCUAGAGAAAGACUUGCUCGAAUUGCAUUGGUUAAACCUGAGAAGGCGAGAGGUGUCGAAGAUGUUAUACUGAGAGCUGCACAGAUGGGCCAAAUUGUCGAGAAGGUUUCUGAAGAGAGGCUUAUAACAUUGCUAGAACAGAUCAACAACCAGACCACAAAACAGACGAAAGUUACUAUACAAAGGCGUCGGAGCGUUCUUGAUGAUGACGAUUAGAAAGUGAGAUGGGUUGCACACCUUAUAUGAUAUAAGAUUUAUACCCGCAGUCUUGGUUGUAUGUUUAUUGCUUGUGCGGUACAAUAUCUUCCUUUUUAUCUAUUUACUCUACUGCCACUUUAUCAUGAUCCCCCUCAUUUUCUCACCUCAGAAUUCAAGAGCUCCUCGCCACUAGCUGGUAUUACACCAUUGUUAAGGUCAAAUUCGCUUAACUAUUAAUCUGUAUGACAGAGUAUCAACCUUGAAUUAUUAUUUUUCUUUCUUAUUUGUGAUUGCUCGUUGAAUAUAGCUCUUGAU